GACGUACUGCCGGAAAUGUCAAUAGCGGGCUAUAGCGGGCUGUAGUGGGCUGUAGCGGGCGGCGUAGCGGAUUUUUCCCGUGAUUUGGAAAUCACAGCGGAAUAGCGGGCCGUAGCGGUAGCGGCCCCUACCGCGACCGCUAUAUAGCGGCCGCUAUAGCGGUAGCGGGCCGCUAUUUAAAACCCUGUUCUUGGGUAUAUUGAUGGUUCGCUACCCGCACCUCCGUCUACGGUCAUCACCGACUCUGACGAAACACCCGAUUUGGACUAUGUAGCUUGGCGAGCAACCAAUCAGAAAAUUCUUGGUGUUCUCUUCUCCAUACUCAUCGAAGAAUCCAUCGUUGAAGUUGUUGGUUGUACAUUUUCACGGGAUGCUUGGCUCACCCUGGAAUCUGCCUUUUCACCUUCUGCUUUCUCCCAGGCCAACCAGCUUCGUGACGAGCUUCUCUCCCUUCGCCGUAGAUCACUCUGUUUCUGAGUAUGGGAGCCGGUUAUUGGUCGCCGUGUAGAUGAAUCGCACAAAAGCCACUGACUUUUAUGCAGCUUGGGGCCCCAAAUUGUGAGUUUCGCUGAUAACCGGAUGUCCAAGGAUCCUAUUCCCCCUUUCCGCGACUUGAUUCCUCAGGCUCAAUAGUAUGGAGAGAGAGAGAGAGAGAGAAUUAAACCCUAGCUCCGACUGCGUUUUAUAGUUCUCACCGUCCAGAGUCCUCUUCACAUGGUCAUCCAUCUCGCUAGCGCUCUAUCUCUUCUGGUCGCUCAAGUUCCGGCGGCCAUCGCUCUAAUGCUGAGAGUCCUCACUCUAGUUUAAACAGCCAACAUGGGUCUCGAAGAAAUUUCACUCCUCACUGCCAGAUUUGUCGGGGAGAUCAUUUUGCCGAUAAAUGUCCUCGAUUCCUUCAAGUUACUAAUACUCCCUCCUCUUCCGCUGCUAAUUUAGCACAAGCGUUUAAUUCCUCUUGCGACAUAAAUGCUUCAGCUUCAGAUUGGUAUGUUGAUACAGGAGCCCGUGCUCACAUGACAUCUCAGCAAUCGAUUCUUGACCAGUAUGAGCCAUACACGAGUAAUGGUAGUGUAGUUCUUGGUGAUGGCUCUUCAUUGCGCAUUUUUCAUAUUGGGUUACUGUUAUGCAAUAAGAACUUGAUUCUAUUCACACACAUGGGUGCAAAAAGUCCACCUCAUGCAAAUAUAAUUGGCUCCAAAUGGAUCUUUCUUACCAAAUAUCAUUCUGGCGGGACUAUUGAUCGAUAUAAGGCACAACUUAUUGCUCAGGGUUUUACACAAACCCCCGGCCUUGAUUUAUCUCUCACUUUCAGCCCAAUUGUCAAAGCAGCCAUCGUCCGGGUCAUUUUAGCUCUCUCAGUACAUUUCAAGUGGGUCUUCAUUAGUUGGAUGUUAAUAAUGCUUUCCUCAAUGGAGUUCUUCAUCAACCGGUUUACAUGGUUCAACCCCCUGGAUUUGUUAAUCCUCAAUUUCCGAAUCAUGUCUAUCGCUUGAUGAAGGCACUACAUGGGCUCCGACAAGCCCCAUUGAAUUAUAGCCCUAUCUUCCAAUCUCUUCAAACUUGAUCAUAAGCACUGCAAAUAACUUUUGGAACCAAAUUUUUUUUGUUCCUAAAGUGCAAAGAAUGGUCAUAGGAAGUUUUUCAUUCAA